AUUGUGAACAGAUAAUAGUGCAAGAAGUAGAAAAUUUGCUGACGGGUUCUUUAUUUACUAACUUUCAUUAAGUAGUUGAAUAUCUUUUUAUUUUGAACAACAAAAUCCUACAAUAAGGAUAUGUCAAAAGUUACUGUGCAGGAUAUUGAGUCCGUGGAUGACUACUGGGGACCCACGUUUCGUUCAAUUUUAGAAGGCAACAAUACUGAGUCAAUCUCCGAACAGCUCGACCAGCGUAUACGCAGCCAUGAUAAGGACAUUGAACGAAUAUGCAACCUCUAUUAUCAAGGAUUCAUAGACUCCAUACAGGAGCUGCUGCAAGUGCGCACACAAGCAAAACAACUUCACGAAGAGGUGCAUACAUUGGAUCGCUCAUUACAGCAAAUAAGUACGUCGGUGUUGCAGCAAGGACACGAUUUGGUGCGUGCGCGCCAAAUUGAGUCAAAUUUGGCUAACGCCAUUGACGCUCUACAAGCGUGUCUUCCGGCACUCGAAUGCUACAUUAAAUUUAUUCAGCAAGCAAAUAAUAAACAGUAUUAUCAAUCUUUACGCACGCUGGAAUCAUUGGAAUCCCAGCACUUGGUUGGACUAAACAACUAUCGUUUUGCCACUCAAAUUCGGCAAGCAAUACCAGUCGCCAAAGAGAAUAUAAGACGUUCCGCCGAGGCCGACUUUCGAGAGUUUCUCGAAAAUAUUAGAAAAUUUUCACCGAAGAUCGGUGAAGUGGCUAUAAUGCAUACCAAGAAACUGCAGAAACGUGAUAUCAAUGCCAUUAUAGAAGAGCACAAGUUGCGUCAGCCUGACAAUCGUGAGGAAGAAAAUAAUUUAAGUGCACAGAAUCUUAUUGAUUUCUCGCCAAUAUAUCGUUGUUUACACAUUAACAUAGUUUUAGGCCAACGUGAAUACUUUGAAAAAGACUAUCGGCAACAGCGUCGAGAUCAAUCAAAGCUGGUGCUGCAACCACCGCCAGGCAUGCACGACAACUUGGAUGCAUACAAAACAUAUAUAUGUGCUAUUGUUGGCUUUUUCAUUGUGGAGGAUCAUGUUAAAAAUACAGCUGGAGAUGUGGUAACAACGUCAUAUUUGGAAGAUAUGUGGUCCAUCUCCUUAACGAAAUUCGUAAAUGAGAUUAGCAUGGCAUCGUCAUCUUGUACCGAUCCAAACAUAUUACUGCGCAUAAAGAAUUUGAUUAUGUUGUCCAUCAAUACUUUCAAAUGUUACGGCUACACAGUAAACAUGCUGUUCGAGUGUUUACAUAAUAUGCGCGAUCACUAUAAUGAGGUAUUAUUACAACGCUGGGUACAUGUUUUCCGUGAUGUACUGGAUAAGGAGCAAUUUCUGCCGAUGAUUGUAGAAAAUCAAGAGGAAUAUGAGUCAAUUAUUGAACGUUUUCCCUUCCAUUCAGAUCAAUUGGAACAUACGACGUUUCCGAAGAAAUUUCCCUUUUCACGCAUGGUACCGGAAGUCUAUCACCAAGCGAAAGAAUUUAUGUACGCCUGUAUGAAAUUCGCUGAAGAACUUACACUUUCACCAAAUGAAGUGGCAGCAAUGGUACGGAAAGCGGCAAAUUUAUUGCUGACACGUAGCUUUAGUGGUUGUUUGUCUAUGGUGUUUCGCAAUCCUAGCGUCGCCCUACUGCAACUUAUUCAAAUUAUUAUUGACACGCAGUACUUGGAAAAGGCUGGUCGCUUUUUGGAUGAAUUCGUUUGUUACAUGACUAACACGGUAAGCAAUAUUUCACUAACGCCAUCGGCUAUGUUCCAUGUGGCUCGCCAGGAAGCAGAAAAACAGGUUGCCGUACGCAUUUGCUCUAAAAUAGAUGAAUUCUUUGAUUUGGCAGCCUACGAUUGGUUGCUCAUUGAACCACCCGGGAUCGCAUCCGCUUACAUUACCGAUAUGAUUUCUUAUUUAAAGAGUACAUUUGAUAGCUUUGCUUUCAAAUUGCCGGGCAUUGCACAAACGGCUUGCCGACGCACCUGUGAACACAUCGCAAACAAAAUUUAUAAUAUACUCUACGAUGAGGAAGUGAAACAAAUUUCAACUGGCGCACUGCAACAAAUCAAUUUGGAUUUGUUGCAAUGUGAAUUCUUUGCUGCAUCUGAGCCGGUCCCUGGUUUGCGGGAAGGUGAACUUUCCAAAUAUUUUCUCGAAAAUCGGCAACUACUCGACUUACUCAUUAUGGAGGAAUGGAGUACAUAUUUGCAUGAUUACGGCAAGCAAGAGAAUAGAUAUCACUUGGUGCAUCCACAAUCGAUUAUUACUAUUUUGGAGAAGAUACGCGAAGCAGACAAGAAAACAAUGUUUUCAGUACUGCGCAAAAAUGACAAAAAAAAGCUGCUGGAUACAGUACUGAAACAACUAAAACACCUAAGCGAGCGGCAGAAUUAGAUGCAGAGUAUAUUUUACGGAGAAAAAAAAAUAGGUUUAAGCGGUGAAGACAGUAAGAAAUUUAUAUCAUGUUGCGGGGAAUAUCCUCCAUUGCUUAAAGGUUUCGCAUAUAAUGCGAGAGGAUCCAGUUCAUAGGAUAAAAAAAUUAUACAGCCAGAGGGACCAAAGGUUGUGAUGAAAACCCAAAAUCCUGUGGUUAUUAAAACGAUGAUGUUGUGGCAAAAAUUCAAAUAUAAUCUCAUUUAUUCAGCUUCAAAAUUACAAUUUAUCUACAUAUGUAUAUUUUCCGAAAUAUUCCCCUUUAUAUACAUAUUUUUUUUUCAAUCAAAGCCUACCUUUUUUACAGUAAAUUAUCACGAAUAACAAGAGUUGAUAAACCUUUAAGUGCUUUACCAUAAGUGCACGUAUGUAUAAGAACUCUCUCUCUCUCUUAGCUUCACAGUCUGUGGUGGACCAUAGCUUCAUCAACAAUCCUCCUCCAAUUCAGUCUUUCUCUUGCCUCAUUACUCCAAUUACGAACUUUCACCGCUUUAAAGUCUGCUUCUGCGUCAUCAAGUCAUCUCUUUCUUGGUCGGCCUCUCUUUCCUCUUCUAAUUGGACGCAAAUUAAACACCCUUUUUUGGAUUCUUUUGUUGGACAUUCUUAUGAUGUGGCCACUCCAACUAAUCCGCUGCGCUUUAACAAAACGUAUUACAUUUUCACCACCAAUAAGGUUUUUGAAUUUCGUUGUUGUAACGGAUGCGAUAUAUGCCAUUUUCAAGCCGAAUAGGACUGUAGAUUUUUCUCAUUAUAGUUCUUUCAAAUCGCAAUUGCUGGUUUAUAUCAUUAGCUUACAGUGUCCAGAUUUCAGCGCCAUAAGUAAGAACCGUAGAUUGUUGGCAUCCAUAUUACGUGCUGAGGGAAGCAUAAACUUAGUUUUUUCGGCGUUAACAUUCACCCCUAUAAUUUUUGCUUUUGUUUCUAGCAGCUUGAAUAUGUGAAUUAGUUUGUUUUUGUUUUCUUGCCAUGAUAGUUUGGAACCGGUCGGCCAAUUGCUUUAAAAGUCGACAGCAACAUUUCCUUGUCUUUGCCCUAAGUGCUACCGGCGAGUGACUCGAGAACCUUGUUGCGAUUCUGAACUUUAGUUGCAAUAGCUGUUGUAUGCGCUGAAAAGGAGAGCAAGCUGUCAAAGGUGACUCCCAAUAUUUUGGGGUUGUUACCCGUCGGAAUUUGUGUAUCAUCGACUUUCACCUUGAGUUUUAGCUUGACCUCCUUUGUCCAGGUGGUGAAAAGGGUCACCGUGGAUUUAGUGGGGGAGGGUUGUAAAUUCCUCGCAGUGAAGAAGCGAAAAAAGGCUAGUCGUUUAAGUUGGAGCAUAGGCCAUCAAUGUCAUUGCCCGGCGCCAUUAUCGUGCAGUCGUCGGCGUAUGAGACCAGGGAGACUCAUUCUGGUGGCUGGGGGAGUUUCGUGACAUAGAAGUUGAAAAGCAAGGGUGAAAGGACACCACCCUGCGGUACGCCUUGCUUUAUUUUCCUCUGUUUAGAUAUUUGGUCUCGAAAUAUCACCGACGAAUGACGACCACUUAGGUAGUUCGCGGUCCACCUCUUCAGCCCUGGCGGGAGUGUCGACUGUAAAAUGUCAUCUAGUAGCGUGGCGUGGCAGACGAUGCCGAAAGCCUUUUGUAGAUCCAACGCUACUAGGAUAGCCCUCUUGCAGAGGCGGCUUUGGUUGAGACCGCGGUUUACCUGGGUGUUAAUGACGGUGAGUGCCGUGGUGGUGCUAUGCACUCUUCGGAGGCCAUGCUGGUGUGAAGCUGAGGUCAACUGUUCUGUGAGGAGCGGGAGUAGAAGGGCCUCAAGAGUGUUCACUACUGGGGAAAGGAGAGUUAUCGGGCUCCCUGAACCUCAUCGCUGGAGAAACCAAGUGGCGCACUGUUGUAUGUCAGUUUGUGCAGCCGUCUGGUGCACUACAUUUGGAUCUGUCGGCCGGAGGAUGCAGAAUAAAUUGCCGGCUAAAAUGGCACACGCAUCUCUUCGGAUCCAACGAAGCAUGACCGUUGAAGGUCAUAUCCACCUUGUCAUUGUGCUUCGUCGGGUUCGACAGAGACCUUCCGGUGGGUUCGACAGAGACCUUAAGAGCGUGCUUAUACCAGAGGUGAAGUUACAGGACUUCAAAUGCUCUUCCCAUUUGUUACGGUUGUGUUGAGUUACCAGGUGUAGGCGAUCACGUUCGUUCGCCAGAACAGCUGCUUCAGCUGGGAAAUUGGGACGUGUGUCCCGGAUCCUUCCAGCGAGUAUGAAGUACCUUACACAUACCUUGUGGACUACUCCCUAUGAGUCUUAAGGCCUGGGGGUGGGAUACGGUACACUAGACAGGGCUAGUUUACUGGGGCGGCAGCCCUUAAACGGGAAAAUCCCGAGUCAUUCCGGUAACGAAGAACCGCCUGUAAUCGGAAUGGCCAGGAUUCCGUCUUCCCUACCUGUUUUAUUGUUUUUUAAUUUAUUUAUUCUCGGUUACUUCAAUUAUGCUCGGUCCGUCAAUCAAUAUUUCAGCUGUAUGGAACUCGUCUCUUUCAUUGCUAUUAUAAUUAUCAUUCAUAUGACUUUCGUCAUUCAUACGACUAGAACGCAGGUUAUGACUCGACGCAGCUGGGAAAAUUAUGAGUAUUUCGUCAUCACCGACCAGGGAUCCGUAGAGUUAGUCACAUGGGCACAAGGGCUACUUCGUAUGCCCAGCUCUGUCGUGUGCUCUUAGAUGUAAUCUGCUUCCACAAUUGUUAAGCGCUUUUCAGGAAAAUAGAACCAGCCCACCCCAAUUGAUGACGUAAUAAUUCAGAGGGGGUAAUAACUUCUGAAGCGCAGCCUGCAGGAUUCUGUUCAGAACGGACGUAAUUCCAACAUUCGGGAGGCAGAAUUUUUUGAAUGUCAGUGACGCGGUUGCAAUAAACGUCAUCCAUCUGCUGGGGUCAGCUUGUAACCACGCAAAUGCUUUGGGAGUGCCCGUCAAAGCGGUUAGCUGAGAUCGGUCCAGCAGUGUCCCGCGGUUCACACCAGUUUCGCAGCAAGAUGCGCGACGCAUAGUUCAAGAUGUGGCAACGGUGUUGAUUUAAGCGCCGUCACCUUGGUUCUCGAACAAAUUAGUGGCACAGUAAUGCUACCGUCGCUGUGUGGUGUACGCGCGUAUAGAACGGCAGCGUAUGCGCGUCAGCGAAUACGUGCAAUUGCAUAAAUGACCCAACUACUCCCGCACCAAUCCAAACGUGACAACUGCUGCAGUUCUAUGAGGUGCUCCAAACUCUUCGUGGCGAUGGACUUAGGAAGGAUUUAAUCCUAACCUACUUUAGUGCGCCAUAUGUGUUAAAACCACAUCAUAGAAUUUAUAGUUGCGGGAGCCAGGAGCCCCAGAGGAUCGAAGAACGUAUUGCGUGAUAGAAACAUAAGCAUGGUCAAAUUAACAGGCAGUUCCCUCAAAUUAAUGGUGAACGUGAAGUAGUCUCCCCUUGUGCUCCAGAUAAGACAUAAAGCGUGAACACCUUAGCGUAGAGGAUAUAAUGUGGUAUGAUAGUAGAUGCAUUGGAAAUGCUUGCGUUUAGUUCAGUGCAGUUCAAUGAUCACUUUCGAAAUUGUAACCCUCCUUCCCUCAAUAUUUCGCAGACCUUUUGCUGCAGCAAUCGAAGUUCUUCUUUACUAGAUGCACCAGUUCGUCUUUACAGAUGUACUUACCUCAUCCAUCUAAAAAUCCUUGAGGAUGGCAUAACAAUUCGACGAAUCUCGUGCCAUCUGUUGAGAUGAGACGUAGCUGCUAUACGCUAUGACGGGGUUCUAAGACUGGAUAUGCCCCUAGAACUAUAUUAAUUGGAUUCGAGCGAAUCAGUAGGCAGGACCAAGGCUGGGUUGAUGUCUGUGAAGCUGGAAUUAGCUGAGCAUAAGACCGAUGUAGUCCUAAUAAGCAGUAGAAAGAUAGUAAAAACUAUGAAUGGAAUGUGCUGUAAAGAAGGCAUCGAGUGUGCAGUCCUGUAUGCCGCGAAUAAUGUAAAACAAUGAGUGAGAAUGGGUACUAAUCCAUGCGUCCACCCACCGGUCUUGCCAGCGAGCGAUCGAACAACGUUUUUCUGUAAUAUUUUUAUGCCUUGCUCUACCACCGUGUUAGCUUUGUCUACGGGGACUAAGCUGGCUAUAACGAAGGACGCAUUGUUCGAAAUUCGUCGGAAGCCGCAGAUAGUCCGCAAAGCGCUUAUCCGAUAGACGGCUAUCAGUUUUUUUGUGUAGAUAUUCAGUGCCUCAGCCUCGAUGCCUUUUUCACAGCAUAUUCCAGGGUAUUUUAAUAGUUACAGUCCCGACAUUUACAUUCAUAGUUUCUACUACCUUUAUACUGCUUAUUAGGACUACAUCGGUCUUAUGUUCAGCUAGUUCCAACUUUAUAGACCUUAGCCAAGCCUUGAUCCUUCUUACUGAUUUGCUGGCAAUUCUCUUAUUUCGUGGAUUUUCUUUGAUACCAUUACCACCGCGAUGUCAUCCGCGAAUCCAAUGACUUAAAUUCUAGGGGCAUAUCCAGUCUUAGAACCCCGUCAUACAUUAAGUUCCAUAUCAGUGGACCCAGAACUGAUCCUUGAGGAACCCCUGCUGUCACGAUGUACUCCUCAGCACUUUUUUCGCUUCUAAACCUCACGGUCCAUGAAAUAGCUUCCAGUUAUUCCGACCUUAUUUUUGCGAGGGUUUCCAGUAUACGUUGCCAGCUAGCUAUGUUAAAAGCGUUUCUAAAGUUCAGAGUUACGCAGUACUCUUUUUUCCAGCCACACCAUCUCUUGCCUUCAAUGGCUUCUGUUGCUAAAUCUACUAUGCAUUUGAUAGCAUCCACUAUUGAGCGGGAUUUACUGAAGCCAAACUGGUAUGUAGAUAGAAUACAUUCAUCUUCAGCGAAAGAUAACAAGCUGCCGCAAAUAAUACUCUCUAAAAUUUCUCCCAUUGUGUCUAGUAGACAAAUUGGUCGGUAAGACUCGAAAUCGCCGCACAAGUGCUUGCAUCUUCCACCUCUUUGGGAAAGUGCCUUCGUUAAGGCAGGUUUGGAAUACCGCUAGAAAUAUGUAUGGACGUUUGGAAAUCGCUAAUUUCAGUCCUCUAUUUGGUUUACCAUCUGGACCUCGAGCUUUCUUUGACUUUAUUUUAUUAUACGCCGCUUGGAGUUCUUGUUCGAUGGCUCGAGGGAUGUCACCUGCUUCGUAUUGUGUGCAGGAUGGCAAAAUGUUUUCAGAUUUUUGAGGAAAAAUAGUAGUAACAAUUUGGCGCAGCCUUACUGGGCAAGUAAUUUGGGGUGGGCGUACGCUUUUCGCUUUGGAUAAUACCACCCGGUACUAAUCAUAUAUUUAAGGAUUUCGCCUAGUUUCUCGUCCUUCGACUUUGGACCUGUCAGCUUUCAGUAAUGUCCAUUAUGAUAGCUGAUAGUCACUGUGCGUGUAGCCCUCGCUCACCCUCCAUUUUUUGAGCAAGAGAAUCAUUUGCCAGGGCAAUAUCUAUAAUUGACCCCAUUCUUAUUUUACGGUAGGUGUAAGUUGACCCGCUAUUUAGAACAGUAAUGUGGAGGGAAGCGAAUGCACCAAGAAGCAUCUCUCCUCUUUUGUUUGUGCGCCGGCUUCCCCAUUCGGUUGCCCAAGCGUUGAAAUCACCCGGUAUGAUUAAAGGCGAUUUCCUACUAGCUUCCAGUACAAUGUUUUGAAGAAGCUGUUCGUACUGCGUUGUUGUCAGACUGGGUCUUGCGUAGCAACUGACGAAGUUGGUUCCAUUUAUUUUGGAUCAGAACAACGCUUCACCAGCGCUAUUAUCCUCUUAGAAAGCGAGCCCUCCAUAAAGCCAGAUGACCGCGCAGUUUUAGCUGUCGGAGGCCCAUGUGCUGUGGUUUUCACACUUGUAGGACUCACUUAUAAUGGCAAUAUCUGCUCUAAUUUCUUCAACUUUUUGUGAUAAUAGGUCUUGAGCGGCCUUACAGCGCUUGGCGAAGUGACCGUCAACACCACAUUUCCGACUAGCCCAUUUGCGCGACAUGUGGCCGUAUUCUAGGCAUAUAUAACAUUUUUGUAACAAGACACGUUCUCGCAAGCGUCGAUGACCCAUCCAAAUUACACAGCGAGAGGGGCCAAAUGUUGUGAUGAAGACUCAAAAUCCUGAAGUGAUGAUGUAGUAAACAUCCAAAUAUAAAUACGUUUCUUCAGCUUCGAAAUUACAAUUCAAUCUUCAAUUUCAAUGAAAGCCUAUCUAAUUUCACAGAAAAUUAUCACAAUAACAAGAGUUGAUAAACCGUAAAGUUGUUCGAAUGGAAACAAACGCACCGGCUCUGAAAGUAUUCGGUACAACGCCUGAAGGUAGAAGGGCAAGACCAAGUCGAGAAGGAUUUGGUGUCACUAGGUUAGCAUGUAAAAGAAGCGCUUUGUUGAGCUCAGCCAAAAUCGCUUAGGGGGUCACUCCACCAAUAACGACGAAGGGCCUGUUUUCGGACCAUAGUAGCCUUGCUGUGAAGAUAAGCAGAAGAGCAAACUUUCGAAGGUAACAACCAGUAACUCGAGGUUAUUCAAGGUUCCCGUAUCACACAGUGGUAUCACAACGGACCUGUAAGGUCUAUGUGAGUUGGUCGUACGAACCGACUACCAUCAUAACAUAACCUAAUGUAAAAUUUCUGAACUUGCAGAAUACUUGAUGAUCUGAAAAUUGAAUCAAAACUCGAGAAUUUCCUUGGGAACACUUGCAAAGGAGCUUAACGAGGAGUGUGGUACAAAGCUAUAAAUACACCAACCCAGAGUUCCGACAAAAAUGUGAAUGAAAAUGUGUGGGCCUUUUUGAAGAAAAGAGAAGCUAAAAGACAUCCAAAGAAUGCAGCAGCAUUAAAAACUGCAAUAAUGGAGAAAUGGCAUGACAUACCGAACGUAUACGACGUAAAUAAAUUAGUCCAUACCAUGAAAAAGCGUCAGCAAAAUAUUAUUGAAGCUAACGGUUACCAUACCGAAUAUUAAAUUAAUUAAAAAAUCACAUAUCCACAUUAUGUAUUUAAUAAAAAGUCCUGUAUUAAAGUUUGUUAAAACAGUU